AUGGAAUACACAGCAAAACCGAUUGGAAUGCAAUAUACUGAUAAGCAUGCAGUUUACAUAAUGCGUGAUUCAGCCAUUAUUUCGCCUUUUCAUGACAUUCCCAUUGAUUUGGAUGAGGAGAAGCAUAUGGUUACCGCUAUUACUGAAAUCCCACGCUUUUCCAAUGCCAAAUUGGAAAUUCACAAGCAGACUUCUUACAAUCCCAUUAAGCAGGACCUGGAUAAGCAAGGGCAGCCCAGAUUUGUGCAGAACCUCUUCCCAAAGAAAGGGUACUUAUGGAAUUAUGGGGCUAUUCCUCAGACUUGGGAAAGUACUGAGGUCAAAGACAGUACGACUGAUUACCUGGGGGAUAAUGAUCCGAUUGAUGUGAUUGAAAUUGGCGAGGCCGUUCUAGCGACUGGUACUGUUUAUCGGGCUAAGAUUCUUGGGGCAUUAGCUAUGAUUGAUGGGGGUGAGUGUGAUUGGAAAGUGAUUGUGAUCCGGGAAGGUGAUCCUUUGUUUGCUAGUCUUAAUGGUCUAGCCGAUAUUGAGAAGUACUUGCCUGGGUUCUUAGGAGCGACUCGGGAGUGGUUUAGGGAUUAUAAACUACCGGCUGGGAGUCCUCCUAAUGAAUUUGCCUUGAAUGGCGAGUACUUGGAUGCCGCUAAGGCCGUGAGUAUUGUUAAGGAGACGCACGUGCACUGGCAAGGUCUUAUCAAAGAAGCAAAGCAUGAAGGUAUUUCUUUACUUAAUCGCACUAUCACUGGUACGCCAGGCUAUACAAAGGAUGAGUUUACUCCUGAUAAUCUGGAAUUUGUUCCAGCUACUACCGAGCCCCUUUCGGCCCAGAAGUUCUACUAUCCCAUGGAAUAA